AUGCAGCAACAGCCCCACAGCCCUUCUGCCUGGGUGGGCCAUGAGAACAAUGGCCAUGAUGACAUCAGCCAGGUGGUGGCAAGGGCUGAGGCCCAUGAAGAAAGGAUACCCAGCAGAAUAACACGAAAAAUCAUGACAGAAGAGACCAGGUUCUGUGAAAACUGUAAACGAGGUGUGUCUGCUGCCAAUUUCUCCCUCCAUGAGGCCCACUGCUUGCGGUUUUUCACUCUCUGUCCAGAAUGUGAUAAACCAGUUGCUCGAAAUGAUAUGAAAAGUCAUCAAACAGAAGCACACAAGCAGGUCAGAUGUAAUCUUUGCUGCCAAGGCAUGCAGCAAUAUCAGUUGGAGCAUCACAUGGCCAAGCAAUGCCACAAACGAGUAAUGAAAUGCAAAAUCUGUGAGCUGGAAAUGCCCUUCAACAAACUUCAGUAAACACCUAAACACAUUCGAACCGAAUGGUGUUGGGAGUGUAACAAAUAUGUCAUGUACAAAGACCAGAACAAACACAAAGAUAUUUGUCAGGACAGUGGUCUGUCCUGUCAUAAGGACGUGAACUUUCAAAUCAGUGAAGCAUCUACUAAUGCAAAAUUUAUUUACUCCACUGGUACCGCUGACAAUCUGUGUGUGAGGUGCAAUAAGUCAUUCCCAGAUGACCAGUACUCCCAGCAUCUGCAGAAUAAAACCAGUACAACUCAUAAGCUGACAGAAGUUCUUGCUGGCCAGUCAACUUCAAAACCCAGCAGUGAUCCACCACAGUCUUCUACCUCCCUGGCUCACUCUUCCAGCUCUGAAAAGGCAAUGGCAUGGAAAGAUCUCAGUCCCAAAGGGAAAGGAAGGUACCAUCCAUUGACCUCCAAAACCUCUCCCAAACCUUCAAAGAACAAAAAGAUGGUUGGCUUUCCUUCUCCCACAAGAGGCAGACUUUCUACAUCACCUCAAGCUCUUAAAGACACCUGGUCUUACAACUUGCUGCUGACCUGUGCCCACUGCAACAUUCUUCUGCCACUUCCAACUCUUCAGAAACAUGAGGUGAGAGGUGAUGUAUUGGACUCAGCCUCCUACAUGCUUGAACAAAGAGCCACACCUACAUAUUAA